AGUUGCCGUAAGCUGACUCCACUGGAGAUAAAGUUCUCCGCGGCGGGGAGCGACGCACGGCCAUUAAAUGGACAGCGACCAAGCAAAAAUACUACAUAGUCAAGGAGAUUGCGGAUUUUGUGACAGGAAAUUUAUGCCGGUCGCCAAAAACCCCGACAGCGGAGGAUCGCCAGGAGGAAGGGAUCCCUCUUCACAGCGGUGACAUUAAAGGAACUACUUACACAGUCAACAAAGAAAUGUCAAAGGUCUACAAGAAAACCAGCGGCAAUGGCUCGCUAUCCCUUUUUCUAGGAAGAAGAGAUUUUGUGGACCAUGUGACCUCUGUAGACCCAGUCGAUGGGGUGGUGAAGGUUGACCCUACCGACCUCGGGGACAGGAAAGUGUGGGUUCAUCUGGUCUGUGCCUUCCGUUACGGUCGCGACGACCUGGAUGUUAUUGGCUUGUCCUAUCGGAAGGACAUCUGGAUCGAGCAGCAGCAGAUCUACCCCCCUACUGGCAGCAAAACACCAAACACCCCCAUGCAAGACAUUUUGCUGAAGAAAGCGGGAGAUCAGAGCUACCCCUUCAUCUUCAGUAUACCUACUAACCUUCCCUGCUCUGUAACACUUCAGCCUGGGCCAGACGACAAAGGCAAGCCGUGUGGUAUUGACUUUGAAGUGAAGACAUACAUUGCCAAAGAAGCAGAUAAUCCCGAUGAACAAGUGGACAAAAAGGACACUGCACGUCUUCUGAUUCGCAAAAUCCAGUUUGCCCCUAACAAAACGGGUGCUGGGCCCAAAGCCAGCCUCAGCAAGCAGUUCAUGAUGUCUGACAAGCUGGUCCAUGUGGAUGCCUAUAUGGAGAAGGAGAUAUGUUACCAUGGUGAGCCAAUCCCAAUCAGAAUAAAAAUUAACAAUGAAACCAAUAAGGUGGUGAAGAAAAUCAAAGUAACUGUGGACCAAACUACAGAUGUGGUGCUGUUCUCUGCUGAUAAGUACACCAAGAAUGUCCUGAAUGAAGAGUUUGAGGAGAUGGUUGAAGCCAGUUCGACUUACGACAAAACCCUCAACAUCACACCGAUGCUGGCCCACAACAAAGACAAGCGUGGCCUGGCGCUGGACGGCAAGUUGAAGGAAGAAGACACUAAUCUGGCCUCCACCACCAUGUUGCGACCAGGCAUGGAAAAAGAAGUUAUGGGAAUACUGGUCUUCUACAAAAUUAAAAUUGUCCUCAUGGUCUCCAGAGGAGGCAUCUUGGGUGACCUUGUAGCCAGUGAUGUUGCUGUGGAGCUCCCCUUGGUCCUGAUGCAUCCCAAACCUGCAGGAACUGCAGCGAACUCGAGUAGCUCCACCACCUAAGGUACCUCAGAAGACAGAGGCUGCAGGAAAAUCAACACGCAGAAGAUCAGCAAAUGGAAAAAUAGAAAGAAAUAGAGAUCUUUCAGUAGCUCUCACACACUGUGGUAAAGCUCCUCUCCCCCCACACUGAUGUAUGCCAUGCAGUUACAUAGCGGUUGUAUUUCCAGAUAACUACAGUAUAUGUUUCAUUAUAUAUAAUUUUAACCACAUAUCAUAAUUAGACAUACUACAAUGACUGAAUUGUUUCACGAUUAAGAGUUAUAACAAUAUAACAAAAAUAACAUUCUGUUUAAUCAUUUCUGUCUGUAGCUUUUUAUUGAUUUGCUAGGGCAGACCAAAACUCAGCAAUGUACAGCUCUUUAUGUGCUACAAAUCUGAAAUGUUUUAUUGGAUAUUAUAUGUUUAUUCAUUUUUGGCAGUUGCUGUAAUCUCUUGA